GUUCGUUCGAGACCGCUCUGCUUGGUACUGUUAAGUAGUGAGCGGUACUUGGUGGCACUGCUGAAAUCGACGAUAGCUUCUACCGAGGGUUUCCUUUGACCUGCUCGUCUUGUCAGCCAGAGAUCUGACAGCGGCUAUUGGCCACUCAAGCCAUAGCAACGCUUCAUGGCUUUGGUGAGCCAUGCAGAUGCCGCUCAGUUACCGUUGGUCUCAGACGACUUGGAAGUUUUGUCCAAGCCGCGCGAGAGAAAGCCCUUGUUGUCGAAGGAGAAACGAGUCGAGUAUGUAGCACUCGCUUCCUUGAUGUGGUCAUUGUUCAUGGAGGGUUGGAAUGAUGCUACAACAGGACCCUUGCUACCCGUGAUACAAAGCCACUACAAGAUUGGCUACACGAUUGUUUCUUUGGUAUUUGUCUUGAGCGGGACCGGUUUCGUGGUUUCCGCUAUCGCAAACGUUUAUCUUUCACACAAAGUGGGUUUCGGUAAGGUUGUGAUGAUGGGUGCGGUGUCGCAGGUCAUUGCAUAUUGCAUCCAAUCCGCUGCACCUCCGUUUCCAGCUUUCGUUCUUGCGUAUUUCUUCUCUGGGUUCGGUGUCGCUAUUCAGAAUGCGCAGUCUAUAGACUUCUGCGUCAGUGUGGACAGUCAUAGCGCGACAAAGAUGGGCCUGGUACAAAGUGCUUACGGAAUUGGGGCUCUCGUCGCACCUAUUGUGGCAAUGAGAUUUGCCGUGAUGCCACGAUGGUCAUUUCAUUUUCUGGUUUCCUUGGGAGGUGCGCUUCUCAACAGCGCACUACUGUUGUAUGCUUUCCGGUUAAAAAAUUUGGACGAAAUUCUUACAAGGGCAGGUCAACCUACCCGCGAAAAGUCCGAGACCCAGGAAAGCCACUAUUCGCAACUCCUCAAACUCAAAAUUCUACACUUCAUUGCGAUCUUCUUGUUACUUCUCGUAGGGGUGGAAUUUGCCGUCGGAGGAUGGAUUGUAACGUUUGUGAUGGUCGACAGAGGUGGAGGGACUUCCUCUGCAUACCUCUCGUCUGGCUUCUUCGCUGGCAUGUUUCUGGGUCGAGUCACCCUCCUAUAUCUCAAUAAACUGCUAGGCGACAUUCGAGCCGUGUGGUUAUAUCUCCUUUUAUGCCUGGGGUUUGAAAUAUCGAUCUGGGUCGUCCCAUCAUUUAUCGAGAACGCCAUAGCCGUGUCGUUCUUUGGAUUUUUCAACGGGCCAAUUCAUCCAAUCCUGAUGAACAUGUUUGGACGCCUCAUCCCGCCAUGGUUGAUGUCUGGAGCCGUUGGAUUGACUAUAGGCCUCGAACAAACAGGAACUGCAAUUAUCCCAUUUAUAGCUGGAGCAAUGGCGUCGAGGUUCGGCAUUUGGAGUCUACAUCCUCUAAUUGUCAGUAUAUUGGGCUUUUUACUUGUAAUGUGGGCAUUUGUCCCGUUCGUUGCAAAACCUCCAGAUGAAACUGUCGAGCAUUCUUGA